AUGGCAGUAAUCUCUACCUUUGUGGGUCAAUCAAUUCCCUUUAGAAACUCUCGAAGAAGUCAAAAACUUUUACUUCAAGUGUGCAUUUUAAUGGCGUUUUUCAUUAGAAGUGCUUAUGAAUCACUCAUAAUUUCUUCAAUGGCAGCAUCACGAGAAGGAAUCAGAUUCAAGAGCAUAGAUGAAAUAUUUCAAAGCAACAUGUCCUUCAGAGUUGAUGGAAUAUUUCUGAACAUAUUUAAUAAAUCAAACGAAUUUUCUUCUUUAAUAAGUCGCAUGAAAAAGAUGAGUGAAAAAGAUAAUACAAGUGCAAUUAUUUUACGCUGUGAUGUGCUAGAACACGAAUUUCAUACAGUUGCUAAUGUCUCUAAGAACUACUACUUGCUACCAGGACAAUUAAUGUCAAUAUAUGACAAAAUUCCAUUAGCAUUCAAAUCGCCAUUCUAUGAGAAGUUUCAAAAAGAAUUCGAUCACAUUUUUGAAUCAGGUUUGAGGCAACAUUGA